UCGAGUCGGGCUCCCAUUUCUUCCUCUUCGUUUCCACAUUCCAGAACUGGCAUUUCGGAUCUCGGAUUUCAGUCCCGCCCUUCGACAUUGCACUAGAUUGCAGCAAUGAACUCCCGUUUGAUGUUUACAAAUGCCGCUCCAUGCGUUUUAUCGAAUUCUCUACAUCUCGGUCAUUGUUUUUCUGUGAAGAGAUCGCUCAAUUUGUCGUCGUUCUUGGCUUAAGGUGGCCAUGGGAGUCUCUGCGAUUUGGCGUACAAUGAAGGUGUUCGUGGAGGUUGGAAGUAGCGGAGAUUGUGUUUUAGAGAAGCCUGUGAGGAGAGAAAUCGUGGUUGGAGAGUUUGGCUGCGGAAAAGGUUUUAGCGGAGGUUUUUGUUUGUGAAAAAAUGCUGCCGAAGGUUUUUGUGGGGGCGUUCCGAGAGGAGGCUGAAGUGUCUGGUGAGGUUUUCCCUCUUGUAGUGGAUUUUAUGAGAGGUAAGUCUCAUGGGGGAAGCAAGCAGGAAGAAGCCCCCGGGUGCGUUGGGAGGUCGGUGGAGCUUCAAAGCGUCGAUUGUUGUCUUCGAGGCCUUUUUAGGGACUACGGUUUUGUUGGUGAUGAUGGGAUUGUGGUUGGCCCUGGAGUCGUCGCAAAAAGACGGAUAUGAACCAAGUACGUUCAAAUCCAUUACCAGAAGAAUGUCAGCUGAACUAGGUGAUGACGUGUGCGAUAGAAAAUUGUAUCCUCCACCAUGGGAGCUUCGCACCGACCAGCUAACUAUCCUCGUGAACGGCUUCGGAGAGGCGCGACUACCAUUGCUGGAAGCGAGCGUGCGAAAAUAUUCCUCCUCGCCAGUAGUGCACUCCGUGUUUGUCCUUUGGGGGAACACAUCGACUCCCGAUUCUUUUCUCCAGGCAUCGAAGUUUCAAAGCAUCGGGGCGCCGAUUUACAUCGUAAGACAGAAUUCCAUGAGCCUGAAUGAUCGGUUUCUUCCGCGGCCCUUCGUCAAGACGAAAGCGGUUAUGAUAUGCGACGAUGACAUCACUGUGGAUUCAAAGAACUUGGAGUUUGCAUUGCAGGUAUGGCGGGAGAAUCAGCAGCGGAUCGUGGGGUUUUUCCCGCGAGCCCACUCUUAUCAGCUGGACAGCCAUUCCUGGGUUUACACAAAAAACCAGCAUCAUUAUUCAAUCGUGUUGACAAAGAUUAUGAUUCUGGCCACUGACUAUCUCUAUCGCUACUCCUGUGAAAUGCCAGCAGGAGUCCGCGACUAUGUUGACAAAGGCAUGAAUUGUGAGGACAUAGCCAUGAAUUUUCUUGUUUCCAACUUCAGCGGCUCGGGUCCACUACUUGUGGAAGGACAACCACGAGACUGGGGAGACACACGGAAUUCCAAGGAGGAUCUGACCACAAUGAGCUUAAGUGCACGUGCAGGCCAUCGGAAGGACAGAGGGGAUUGCAUUAUGGAGUUUCAGAGGCUAUGGAAUGGAAUGGAGCUUCGCUUCAGCCAUGCCAAAGCUGUUCGUGAUGUGGAUGAACAGGUAAAUUGUGAAAAGUUUGGGCUGUUGAUCGACUGUGACAAAAGUGUGGGUUCUGCACGAGAUGCCCACAGAUUGGCUGGGCACAACCUAGUGAAGCGAACCUAUCAAUAUGCAUAUGCCACAUUUAUCCAGUCGAAGGUGAUGUACUACGCUGCUCUCGUUUGGGCACAGGCCCUUCGAAAUACAGGAACUGUUCAUGACCUUGUGCUUCUCCUGGAUAUUAAUUCCGGAUUGAAGAAAGAUAACGAAUUACUUGCUGAUCACUUUGAUGUCGUGAAAGAGGUGAGGGCGUUCAGGACACGUCACAAGACGAGGAGUGUUGGGAGAUUGAGUGUCUGGGAGCUUCUGGAGUAUGAACGGGUUGUUUACAUGGACGUGAAUCUUUUAUGCCUGUCGAAUCUGGACUAUUUAUUUGAACUUCCAGAGCCAGCAGCGGCCCCGCUAACCAAUCAUCCUCUUCAAUUCGACACGGGUCUGCUUGUGCUGCAGCCAUCCAACGCAACUUUCACAGAUCUUUUCAAUUGGAUAGAGGGCGUGAGCAGCCCUGAUCGGAGAACCGAGCACAGGCUUCUCAAUGGUUUCUUCCACGAUUGGUUUCACAUGUCAAGCAAACAUCGUUUGCCUAUGUAUUUGAACAUGCCUGUUCAUCUAGCCUCCUUUGCAUCUGUAUUCGGUAAUUGGAGUGAAUCAGAAGCGGCUGCUCCUUUGUUGGGUGCACUCCAAUUUUCUAAGAGGAAGAUUGCUUCGUUCCUCAGUGUCUGGAUAAAAGAGGAAGUGAACAGUGAAUUAAAUCAGACAUUAGGGUUUCGAUACCGGGAGGAAGCACAAUACAGAACUGAUUGGUUUGGUAUCUGGCUGGAGAUUCUUGAUGCUUUGCGGAGCAACAACUACCAACCUCUGAGCGAUGAGGUGGUAUCGCAGCUCUCCUGGAAACAGAGAAAAGGAAGUAGUACAUGGCCACCCAAAUCUCUCAUGGCUGCUCUUCCAAGCCCGUUCCAGCAUCUCCAUGUUCCACCUCUGCGGAAAGCUUUUGCCACUGUUGUGACGUCUAUCGAUCAGCUUGUUGCUAUUGCUGGUUGGAUGAUAACAUACUCAAAGUUUCACAUGCCUACUGCUGAGUACGAAUCGGUUCUUCUUGUUCAUGGUUCUGUGGGAGAAAAGACCUGGCGGCCAUUCAGGACUCUGUUUAGUUCAGUUGUGGUUGUGAAUGGAUCCAAUAGCAGCUCUUCUGUGGAAACCAUGUCGGCAACAAUGCUUCAGCUCUGGAACCUGACAAAGUACGACAAGCUGGUCUAUGUGGAUCCUAGGUCCAUAUUUUUGAGCAAUUGUGAUUUUUUGAUGGAGUUCGAACCUUUUGCAGCGGCACCAGAUUUCAUAUUUCCAGAUACAUUCUCGUUGCAGGUGAUGGUCCUACAGCCAGAUAACCACAGAUUUUUAGAGCUCUGGAAGAGCCUUUCUAACGAGAUCUCAGAAGAUUUUUCGCUCACUCGUUUUUUGAACGAACAUCAUAGCUCCUGGUAUCAGUUUUCUACCAAGCAUCGUAUUGAACCUAUUUCCAAUGCUCAGAAUGAAUUAGAAAGGGGGUUCAAGGCGGAUGGGUCUUUGAAGAUCUUGUCUUUACACUCAACUACCACCUUGUCGGAUUCAAAUUCAGAAAUUGCUGGAAUUUGGCGGAAGCAUGUUUGCAGCAGCUUGCACAUGAGAAACUUUGGAUUUCGUAUUAGUCUUCAUGACAUCUGUAACCCCAUGGAUUAUAAAUUCCAAUAGCAAUUAGUUUUGCGUCAAUCAUCUAAAACUUGAGUUGUUAGAGUACUGAUCGGAUUAUUAUUAACAUUCCAGGUUUGCCCAUCACAAAAGUAGGGUUGGAAUUAUGGGCUUAUAUACGAACGCAACCUUUGUGUGAAGUAAUCCGUCGAGGGACUAGCAUUUAAGUCAUGUAGCAGCUAUGGAAUAUCGCGGACAUACAUGAAAUUGUGAAGGUCCCUCAAGUGAUCUUGAAAAGAUCUUGGGCAAGUUUGAGUUGUAAUACAUUUUUCCCUCAGCUGAAAGAUUUUUAGAAGGCUACAACAUGCAGCCUAUUUGCUAUUUUAAGCUAA